AUGUUUAAUGCAAAAGUUCAGAUCGCUUUUGCCUACGAUCGUCAUAUAGUAGUAUUGAACGAGUUGUUCGUUUCGUCCAUCGAAGAAGACUUGUAUGAAUUUUUCUACAGUCGUGCAUCGAGAUUUGUUGUCGUAUGUUCAGUAGUUCAUCAAAUAGUUUUUAUAAACUGGAGUAUUGCAGUUCCUACCCUCAAAGUUUACAACUUACAACACUUUUAA